AUGACCAUUUUCAUCAACCCACCCGACGCGGAGGAGUUCAAGCCGUCGUUGGACCUCCAGGAUAUCAUGGGCACUUGGUACGUGACGCACUCGACAUUACCCAUGUGGAAGAGCAAGAAGGACGUGACGAUCACCUACGCGCCCAUCGCAGACGACGCGACGCGCUUCGACGACGUCGUCGAGUACCGCUCGCUCUCGUCUUCUCCAGACAAGGACCGCACGAAGAUUGUUGGCGUCGAUACACUGGUGGCGCCGGAAGGCAAACCCGCGGUACGGUUCAAGUGGCGCGGGCGCGGUUGGCUCGUCAUCGCCAGUUCGCGGUGGCAGCUUCUUGGGUACGGGAACGGAAGCGCGGAUGCGGACGACGGGCCAGCAUGGGCCGUGACGUUCUUCGAGAAGACGAUGUUCACGCCGGCGGGCAUCGACAUCUACGCGCGUACUUCUGAAGGGCUACCGGAUACACUCGUAGAGCAGAUCAAGUCCGGGCUCGCCUCUCUCGGUGGGCAGGUGGGCGAUCUUGCUGGAGAUAUCUUCGCCAUUGAGCAUACUAAACCGUAA